UGCGUUGGCUGGUGCAGACGAUGAUUUGAAGCGAGGUGUCGACAGGGAUUUGUGUUGCCUCAGCACUGUGACCAUGGCAGGCCUGAAUGAGGGCUUAGAAUCUGGAAGCAACUGGACAGAUCAAGACUUAAACAAAUUUGGAAUUCAGUAUCAUAAAACAGUCACAGAGCCUUCCGGCAUUUUCGAGAAGAUCAAACCAUACACAAUCGGCACCCGGAUCUCACUAAAUGACCUUGCUGUCCAAAAGCUGACGGAGUACACUACUAUGCUUCAGGAGAAUUUCAAUGAUGCUUUCGUAUUGGAUGUCAACUCGUUUGAACUCAUUGAAAUGAUUGAUGCUUGUAACAUGUGUAAUGAGAUGCGUGGUACAUGUCGUGGCUCUGGAGAUCUGAAGACCAAAUAUGCUGCGAGCGAAAUAGAAGCAAAAUGGAAAGAGAUACACAAAAACGUUAGGCUGAAUAUUGCUGGGGCGAAGUCACAACUUCUGACCGCAAGAUUAAAAGCUGUCAGUAAGUCUUGGGAUCCCACCUUUGUUAUGAUUGACACCUUCCUGACCAAAGUGAAUAAAGUCCUGAGAAAGGCAUCACCCAGUAACUUAGAAGUGAAUGAGGGGACAUUCGUAGAUCUUUUCCAGCAUUUUGCUAGAAUCUUUCUAGUUGAAUUCAUGAUGCUGUGACAAUAAGGGUUGUCGACGCUCUGGCAAGAUUUGGUGAAAGGGUUAAAGAGAAAUUCGACGCGCAGAGGCAGAGGCU